UUGGCCCCCUACUCGCGUAGGGGCGCCGGCCUGGACCGUCGCGGAGAGUGGGGGGCAGCCGAACGUCGCCUCCUCCUCUGGAGUUCGGAGUCGGAGAGCGUGUCGAGAUAGGGGACCCUGACUCGAAAGCGGAGGGGGCAGGGCGGCCGCCGCGGCGCCUGGUCCUUUGUGCUCGAACAAUGACCAGCUGCCGCUGGCCCCGGGGCCCGGGCUGGGGUGGAGGGCGGCCCGCCCCCGCGGAGGCCUGAGCGGGCCGAGCUCGCCAGCGCGCGGCCGGAGGGAGGGCUCCCGAGGCCCCGCGUGCAGCCCCUGAGCGCGCCCCCGGCCUCGCGUGACGCGGGGUGCUCGCGCGUGUCUGCGCCCGGGGCGGGGACGGCCCCCUCCGCGCUGCGCCGCCCACUCGGGCCGGGCGGGGGCGGCCCGGGGUCGGGGGGCGCCGCGGAGGCGGGGCCGGGUCGGGCCGGGCCGGGCGGCUGCGAGUGGCGGCGCGGGCUGGAGCCGGGCGGCGCGCCUGUGGAGCGCGGGGGGCGGCCCGGGGCUGAGCAUGGAGCGGCGCGGCGGAGGUUUCCCUGGAGGCCCCCGGCCAGGCGUGAGCUGCCGCCACCAUGGCUAUUGUGCAAACCCUGCCGGUGCCGCUGGAGCCCACUCCUGAGGCCGCCACUGCCCCGCAAGCUCCAGCCAUGGGCAGUGUGAGCAGCCUCAUCUCAGGUCGGCCCUGCCCUGGGGGGUCGGCUUCUACCCGCCACCAUGGCCCUCCAGGCCCCACCUUCUUCCGCCAGCAGGAUGGGCUGCUACGGGGUGGCUAUGAGGCACAGGAGCCACUGUGCCCAGCUGUGCCCCCCAGGAAGGCCGUCCCUGGCACCAGCUUCACCUACAUCAAUGAGGACUUCCGGACUGAGACACCCCCUAGCCCAGGCAGUGACAUGGAAGAUCCUCGAGAGCAACGGGCACGCAACGCCCAUCUUCGAGGCCCCCCACCGAAGCUCAUCCCUGUCUCUGGAAAGCUGGAGAAGAACAUGGAGAAAAUCCUGAUCCGCCCAACGGCCUUCAAGCCUGUGCUGCCCAAGCCAAGAGGGGCGCCAUCCUUACCUAGCUUCCUGGGUCCUCGGGCCACCGGACUGUCUGGGAGCCAGGGUAGCCUAACACAGCUGUUUGGGGGUCCUGCCUCUUCCUCCUCUUCCUCCUCCUCCUCAGCCACGGACAAGCCCCUGGCUCUGAGUGCCUGGGCCAACGGCUGCCCAUCAGGGACACUGUCCGACUCUGGCCGAAACUCACUGUCCAGCCUGCCCACUUACAGUACUGGGGGUGCUGAGCCUGCCACCAACUCCCCAGGCGGGCACUUGUCUUCCCACGGUCCUGGGCGAGGGGUACUGCCUGGGCCAGCCCGAGGGGCCCCCACUGGGCCUUCCCACUCGGACAGUGGCCGGUCUUCCUCCAGCAAAAGCACAGGCUCACUGGGGGGCCGAGUGGCUGGGGGGCUCCUAGGCAGCGGCCCCCAGACCUCCCCAGAUAGUAGCUCCUGUGGGGAGCGCUCCCCACUCCCGCCCCCACCCCCACCCCCACCCCCCCCUUCGGACGAGGCCCUGCUGCACUGUGUCCUGGAAGGGAAGCUCCGAGACCGAGAGGCAGAGCUGCAACAGCUGCGGGACAGCCUGGACGAGAGCGAGGUGCCCGUGUGCCAGGUGUAUGAGGAGCGGCAGCUGCACUGGCAGCGUGAGCGGGAGGCCCUGCGAGAGGACAGCACAGCCCAGGCGCAGAGGGCGCAGCGUGCCCAGCAACUUCUGCAGCUGCAGGUGUUCCAGCUACAGCAGGAGAAGCGGCAGCUGCAGGACGACUUUGCACAGCUGCUGCAGGAGCGUGAACAGCUGGAGCGGCGCUGCGCCACCUUCGAGCGGGAGCAGCAGGAGCUGGGGCCCCGGCUGGAGGAGACCAAGUGGGAGGUGUGCCAGAAGUCAGGUGAGAUCUCCCUGUUGAAGCAGCAGCUGAAGGAGUCACAGGCAGAGCUGGUGCAGAAGGGCAGUGAGCUAGUGGCCCUGCGGGUGGCGCUGCGGGAGGCCCGAGCGGCGCUGCGGGUCAGUGAGGGCCGAGCCCGGGGCCUGCAGGAGGCGGCCCGCACACGUGAGCUGGAGCUGGAGACCUGUUCGCAUGAGCUGCAGCGGCACCGGCAGGAGGCUGAGCGCCUGCGGGAGAAAGCUGGGCAGCUGGACCAGGAGGCAGCAGGACUCCGGGAACCGGCCAGAGCAGUGGCUGCUGCUGACCCAUUCCUCCUGGCGGAGAGCGAUGAAGCCAAGGCCCAGCGGGCAGCCGCCGGGGUCGGGGGCAGCCUACGGGCCCAGGUGGAGCGCCUGCGCAUGGAGCUGCAGUGUGAGCGGCGGCGGGGCGAGGAGCAGAGGGACAGUUUUGAGGGGGAACGCCUGGCCUGGCAGGCAGAGAAAGAGCAGGUGAUCCGCUACCAGAAGCAGCUCCAGCACAACUACAUCCAGAUGUAUCGGCGCAACCGGCAGCUAGAGCAGGAGCUGCAGCAGCUCAGCCUGGAGCUGGAGGCCCGGGAGCUCGCUGACUUGGGCCUGGCUGAGCCAGCCCCCUGCAUCUGUCUAGAGGAGAUCACUGCCACCGAAAUCUAGGGCCCUGGCAUCUGCCUCAUCUCUGGGGAAACUUUGCCGCCUCAGGCCCACCGAGGGCUGUGAAGCUACCCAUCCCUGGAUGCAGGCCUUGGGCCUCUGCCUGAAGCUCAGGGCUUCCCUGUGACUCGGAUGAUCCAGCCAGACCCCUUGAAGGUCCCUGUGUUCACUCCCUGCCACCAAGAGGCUCCCACUCACUCGACUCAUUUCACUCCCAACUUAAUGCCAGUGCUGCUUUGCCAAUUCCAUGCACCCCAACACUUAACCAGCCCGCCCAGCCAGGUGGGCUGGGGAAAGGAAGGGGCUCUGUCUCCAUGUGCUCCCCGACCCCAAAGCCUGAAAGAAAGAGCCAGACAGCACCGGCUGUUCCAGACGUGCCUGUCCCCUGCCCCAGCCCCACCUGGGGACUGAUCCCCCACUUUCAGCUCCCAGCCUCUACCUGGGGUGAGGGACUCUAGUCAGACCAAAGGAAAAACUCAGAAGUGACUUGUUUAUUUGUAUUUGUGACCAAGUGACCCCUCUCCCCACACCCAGUUUUAUGGCCGCGUUUUCACUUGUAUAUUUUUCACACUGUAAAUUUCUUGUACAAACCCAAAGAAAAAAAAUAAAAUUUUUUUUGUUCUUAAAAAA